GAAUUAUUCUUCUUAUCAGUUAAUGAGUUCCGUUUUUCUCGCCGUGCACAAUCUAGUCGAAUAUUUCUCGCUUAUCACAACCGUCGUUCGCCUCUUCGAUCUGCUGUCUGCUCAAGAUGAUAUGCUCGAGGUGCGCAAAAUGUGUUCGGACCGAGACGAUCCGGCUUGAUCUGCGCAGUUUGAAUAUUCAAGGCGACGUCCGUCGUGUAGAUUGCAUCGAUGGCGAUCACUUCAUAAAUAUAGUGUUAAAUGGCGAAAUAAUCGAUGUUAAUAAUAUCUGUAGCGAUCGACUCGUAGAUGAAUGGCGGCAAGUCCAGUCGGAUCGCGAUAAGGUGCUCUACUACAUAUUGAGCCAGAUUGUUUAUCCAAACUUCGACGCGCCACGAGCAGAGAAAUUCGAAUCGUUGUACGCUCCGGUAGAUGAGCACGAUAUUGUAUCACUGAGAUGGUAUAAGGGAAAAGCGAUUGGGUUUUAUACUGUUAAACCUACAGGUACAGAAAUAUUCUCGACGAAAGAGAGAUAUGUGAUGCCCAUAAUGGACACGGCAUACAUUCGUUCAGAAUAUAGAAAUCGGGGUUUUGGUACAGAAAUCUUAUCGGACAUGAUCGCGCGUUUUCCGAAUGAAGAUAUUGGCUUUUCUAAGCCAAUCUCAAACGGCAUGUUAAAAAUCCUGAAAACAUUUCUGAUGAAUCAUAAAGAAUAUCGAUUGCGUUUCUGGGAAAUUGCAGAUUGCGAUAUCGGUGUGUCUCAGCAAUUGAUAUGGUGUCGUUUGAAAAAAUGGCAAUGACAUAGUUUUUAUGACAAAAAACGAUUAGAAUUUAUUAUAAAAACCAUCGUAACGACAUAACAGAAUAUUUAUAUAUAUUUUUAAUUAUAUUUAUAUGCAUGCAUAC